CGGAAGUGGCCCCCGGCGGCGGCUGCAGCGCCGGGCCCGGGCUCGUGCUCGUUCCUGCUGGGGCCCCCGGGGCCUUGCCCGGGUCCGGGCGUCGCCAUGACCAGCGAGCUGGACAUCUUCGUGGGGAACACGACCCUCAUCGACGAGGAGGUGUAUCGCCUCUGGCUGGACGGCUACUCGGUGAGCGACGCGGUGGCGCUGCGGGUGCGCGCGGGCAUCCUGGAGCAGACGGGCGCCACGGCGGCGGUGCUGCAGAGCGACACCAUGGACCACUACCGCACCUUCCACAUGCUGGAGCGCCUGCUGCACGCGCCGCCCAAGCUGCUGCACCAGCUCGUCUUCCAGAUCCCGCCCUCGCGCCAGGCGCUGCUCAUCGAGAGGUACUACGCCUUCGACGAGGCCUUUGUGCGCGAGGUCCUGGGCAAGAAGCUGUCCAAGGGCACCAAGAAAGACCUGGACGACAUCAGCGCCAAGACCGGCAUCACGCUCAAGAGCUGCCGCAGACAGUUUGACAACUUCAAGCGCGUCUUCAAGGUGGUGGAGGAAAUGCGGGGCUCCCUGGCGGACAACAUCCAGCAGCACUUCCUGUUCUCUGACCGCCUGGCCAGGGACUAUGCCGCCAUCGUCUUCUUUGCCAACAACCGCUUCGAGACGGCGAAGAAAAAACUGCAGUAUCUUAGCUUUGGUGACUUUGCCUUCUGCGCUGAGCUCAUGAUCCAGAACUGGACGCUCGGAGCCGUCGGUGAGGCCCCCAGCAAGCCAGACUCCCAGGUGGACGACAUGGACAUGGACUUAGACAAGGAGUUCCUCCAGGACUUGAAAGAGCUCAAGGUGCUGGUGGCUGACAAGGACCUUCUGGACCUGCACAAGAGCCUGGUGUGCACUGCCCUGAGGGGGAAGCUCGGCGUCUUCUCAGAGAUGGAAGCCAACUUCAAGCCCCCUGCCCCACAGAACCUGUCCCGGGGGCUGGUGAAUGUGGCGGCCAAGCUGACCCACAACAAAGACGUCCGAGACCUGUUUGUGGACCUGGUGGAGAAGGUACACCUUGGCCCGCAGUUCGUGGAACCCUGCCGCUCUGACCACUGGCCACUGGGUGACGUGCGACUCUUCCUCAAUCAGUAUUCGGUGACGGUCCACUCCCUGGAUGGCUUCCGGCACCAGGCACUCUGGGACCGCUAUAUGGACACCCUGCGGGGCUGCCUGCUGCGUCUUUACCACGACUAACCCGGCCGCCCGCGCUCAAUAAAGCUGCCACGACUCUGGGGCACCUGUGCACAGCCAUGGUGUCGCCGUGUCACCUCAACUGGA